GCCAUUAAAGACGACGACGACGCGCACCUAUUUAUAAUCAGUUCCCCAAACGUUCGGCACUACAAACGACGCGCUGUUGUCGCCGCUGCUGUCUGCGCUGCUGCUGCUGUUGCUUCUGCUUCUGAUUCGAUCUCGAUUUCGAUUUCGAUCUCGAUUCAUUCGCGCAUUAAACGCGCUCGCGAACAGUUUGACUUUCGUCGUCGCAUGAAAGUGUUGGUUAAGUGAAUAGCAGUGUUUGAUGGCGAUGGUGAGAUGAAGCCGUAACUGAAACCCUAAAAGAAAUACAACAAACAAAUUCAUACAAAAAUAAAAAAAGAAGAGCUUUCGCAAACGAAAAAAAAACUAGCAAAAAUAUUAUUGGACUGACAAGUGUUGUGUUGUGCAAAAAAAAAAAAAAACAGAGAAAGACGACAAAUUGUGGCUGGCAAGAUGACAGCCAAAGAUACGGGUCAUGUGAAUGGGGCAUUUAAUGGCGGCUCCGAAAUAUCCGUGGAUAUACCCACAAAUACCCUUUAUCACACAUCACGCGACUGCAUCGUCCAAAAGGAGGAGGAAGAAUUGGCCGACAAAUCGACGAACCAUUUUACGGACAGUUGUCGCAGCACUUGCGACAAUAUAUUCCGGCGUAAAACGCUGGAGAAACGCUUUCCAAUACUCGUCUGGUUGCCGCAGUAUAAAAAAGAUUAUAUUAUUGGUGAUCUGGUGGCUGGCAUAUCCGUGGCACUCACAGUUAUACCCCAGGCUUUGGCCUACGCCGGCAUUGCUGGACUGGAUUUGCAGUACGGGUUGUAUGCCUGUUUUCUGGGCUGUUUCAUCUAUAUAUUCAUUGGAUCGAGUAAGGAUGUGCCGAUUGGACCGACUGCUAUAUCGGCGCUGCUCUCAUUUCAAAUUGCCGGCGGCAGUUGGCAGAUGGCCACUAUGCUGACCUUCCUCACGGGCAUCAUUGAGAUAUUGAUGGGCGUUUUCCAACUCGGGUUUCUCAUUGAUUUCGUGUCGGGUCCGGUUGGUGCUGGCUUUACCAGUGCCGUCUCCUUGAUCAUCUUCAGCUCACAGAUGAAGGAUCUGCUGGGCAUACACACGAGUGGAAACACCUUUCUCCAGGUGUGGAUUAGCAUUAUCAAUGACAUUCAGAAUAUUAGUUGGCCCGACUUUGGAUUGGGUCUCAUCUGCAUUGCCGUGUUGCUCAGCCUGCGGGCCUUGGCCACUUGUAGUGUGGGCCCCAAGCAGGGCAAGUCCAUGUGGCAGCAAUUGCUCACGGGUAUCUUUUGGACGGUGGGCACGGCGAGGAAUGCGCUGCUCGUUUGUGGCGUCGCCGGAUUGGGCUAUUGGCUCUCGGUCAGUGGCAAUGAGGAACUCGUGCGCACCGUCGGCUAUGUGCCCAAGGGCUUGCCACAGUUUCAGGCGCCUCCCUUUCACAUAGAUCCGCUGCUGAAUGAGACGACGGGCGAGGUGCUGGUGGAGGGUCAGAGCUUCUGGGAUAUGGUCAGCACUUUGGGCUCCGGUUUGAUUGUGGUCCCUCUGAUUGCCCUGCUCGAAACGAUGGCUGUCGUUCAGGCUUUUGCUGAUGGCAAGCCGACGGAUGCCACCCAGGAGCUGAUUGCCUCGGGCAUUUGCAAUGUGGCCAACUCUUUUGUGCAGGGUCUGCGCAGCAAUGGAGGCGUUGCCCGCGGCGCCAUCCUCAAUGCGAGUGGUGUUCGCACCCAGCUCUCCAAUCUCUAUACGAGUGUCAUUGUCAUCAUUGCCCUGCUCUAUCUCACGCCCUGUUUCUAUUACAUUCCCAAGGCGGCCCUGGCAGCCAUCAUUAUUGCUGCGGUCCUCUUCAUGGUCCAGUAUCGCGUCAUCAAGCCGAUGUGGCAUAGCAAAAAAACGGAUUUGAUACCCGGCCUGAGUGCGUUCUUCGCCUGUUUGGUGUUGCCCCUGCAAAUGGGCAUUCUCGUCGGCAUUGGCAUCAAUGUCAUCUUUAUUCUCUACCAGGCGGCACGUCCCAAGUUGCGCAUUGAAACACUCUCCACACCGGGUGGUCAGCGUUACUUGAUGCUAACACCGGAUCGCUGUUUAAUCUUCCCAUCGAUGGAAUUUGUGAGGAAGGUGAUCAAUAAGCAGGGCGUUAAAUCGACGCUGCCGGUUGUCAUCGAUUGUACCCAUAUUUAUGGGGCUGAUUUCACCGCCGCCAAGGUGAUAUCGACGAUGGUCAUGGAUUUUGCCCAACGUCAUCAGCCGCUGUUCUUUUACAAUCUGCAGCCGCGUGUCGCUCAGGUAUUCGAGGGUCUGAACAAAGAUCUGGUGGCUAUAUACGAUAUCACAACGCUGCACGAAAAGCUAUCAGAGAAGACGACAAUUUAACCUCGCAUCUAGCAAUAGUUUAAUUUUUUAAGUCUUUGUAUAUUUAUUUCACAAGAAAAACAAAAUCAAAAAAAGAAAAAAAAACUCUUCUCUAGACCAAUAUCAAUGUCAGCGACUUGUUUCGCUUUGUAUAGGCAUAAAAAAAAAAACAAAAAAAAAGGAGGUUAAACUUAAAAUACGAAAGAAACCCACGCAAAUUGUCAGCAACAUUACAAACAACAACAACAAUAACAAUAAUUUUAACAAACAGUAUAGCCAAAUAGUCAGUUAUAUGAAAUUUUCCGUAUAUAUAUUUUUAAUUAGCAUUUAAGUUGUAGCAAUCUUUCAUUUAUUUAUUCGCUUUAUUUGAUUGACUUUUGGGCAAAUUGCUGUGAAUUUUUUGUUAAACAAAAUCCAAAGUUUUGCACCUCAUUGUUGUCUAUUUAUCUAACUGAUUGCUGUGCAUAGUAUUAUACUGAAUAUCAAGCAUAUGGAUUGUUAUAAUUAGUACUUAAAUAAAAACAUAAAUAUCGGAUUAA